GGAACGCCGACCGUGUGGCUGCACCGACGCGCAGUCGAACCUGUAUAUGUACGAUUACAUUCUCUUGAUACCGUGCGAGGACAAGGAUUGGGCGGGACCCCAUUGCUCGGUAUUGUUCUUCCAGCAUGCACCAUGCAUUCCCUCGGAUGCCCUGCUGCGAGGCAGCUCAGCCAGCGCGCCCCUCAUGUUUUCCGACGGUGCUCCUCGCGGCGUUUUGCCGAUUGUUUGAGAGCAACGAGCGUCCCCUGUACCGUCGCACAUCUUGUCUCCCUUUUCCUUUGACCCCACACCGCACCACGUCCAUUGCUGCAUUCCGGCAUUCCAGCACGGUCGAAAACUUACAUCACGGCGUUCUGUUCUCAUUUCCCGCGCAUGCGCAUGCGCCCGCGCCCAUUCAACCAUUACCUCUUGCGCUCCGUCCAUCGUCCCUGUUUCGUUACGCACGCAGACUACUACCCACUGGCUUGUAUGUACACGGCCGAGGACCCGCUCCCACAACAUCCACGGCACCAUGGGAACGGGAGGGUUUCCGAAGGUGCGGGAACUUCUUUUGCGGCAGGAUGGCCGCGGGGGCUCCAAAUACCUCGACUCUUGAUAGAUUUCUUUUAACAAAAAAGCAUUAAGGACGGUGUUUUGUUUCCAGGCAGUUGCUGCUUGUUGAUGUGUAGUUAGCUUUUAACUCACGAAUGGAUGGCAGAAAAAAGAAGUUUUCAAAAAUCUUGGUUCCCUUGAUGAGGUGGUCGCUCGGUGCAAUCGGGCGAGAUGAAACCGACUCU